AUGACAAUCAGAAGAAUAAUCAUACAAUGGAAUGAAUCCAGAACAAGCUGUUCACCGUACAACACUAAUUUCUGGUUACCAUGUAUCUGCGGCAAAAAACCAUGUAUCAUCGGAAAAACCAAGAAAACUUCAUUGCAUUUGCUUUCACUCGUCUUCAAUGCUUCACAAUACUUUGGAAUGGAAGUCCAAUGUAAAUUUUAAAUGUUCAACGAAAUGACAGUUUCAAGGCUAAUAUUUUCAUACUAAUAAUGUUGAAAACAUUACAUUAGCUGAGCAAAAAAAAAAAAAAACGUUUCUGAAGAGUUAAGUGUUACGGAGUUAACUGUUAAGAGUUACUGAAUAAUGUUGUGUCGCACAUGGAAGUCCAAUGUAAAUUUUGAAUUUUCACUGAAAUUACAGUUUCAAGGCUACUAUUUUCAUACUAAUGAUGUUGCGAACAUUACAGUAACUGAGCAAAACAAAAACGUUACUGAAGAGUUCAGAAUAAUGUUGGGUCGCACUUAGGGAGAAAACUAUGCCUCGUCAAGCCCAUCAUACUCAGCAAAAAGUAUUAAGUACUCUCGAUCUGCCUUUCUCGGUUCUCCAAUACAGAAUCAAUUCUACCUACAUCCAAUUUUUCCCACUCUGUGGAACUCUGGUUAAUUUCUUCGACUCUUACGAUUUGAUUCUCUCUGAAUACUUUUUACUGACCUCUCCCGGAAUUGUUCUUGUGAUUUGUUCGUCGAGUUACAGUUUCAAGUGCAAGGCUACUAUUUUCAUACUAGUGAUUCUGCGAACAUGACUUUAGCUGAGCAAAAAAAAAUACGUUACUGAAGAGUUCAGAAUAAUGUUGAGUCGCACUUAAGGAGGAAACUAUGCGCUGUGAAGCCCACCAUACUCAGCAAAAAGCGCUUAGUACUCUCGAGCUGCCUUUCUCGGUUCUCUAAUACACAAUCAAUUCUACUUACAUCCAAUUUUUCCCCAGUCUGUGGAACUCUGGUUAAUUUCUUCGACUCUUACAAUUUGAUUCUCUCUGAAUACUUUUUACUGACCUCUCCCUGAUUUGUGUCGUGCAUGCUACUAAAUGAACUAUGAAGUACAUGCUUACAUAGUCACUAAAGAUAGGCAUGGGUGGGCAUGCCAAUCAACUAGCCUUGAAUGAUUAUUUUAGACCACGGUGUCUACAAAAUAGACAAUGAAUCAAGCAAGGCGAAUCUAUUACGCGGGUCGCUUAAACGCAAAGAAUUCUGAAAUUUUUCGCUCAUAAAUGGUAUAUUUAGUUUUUCUUUAUAAAAAAUGUGAGAUAAAAAUAUUAGAGAAUACUCGAAGAUCAGAUUUCAAAAUACUUAAAAGUACAUUUUGGCUAAAACUAUCAUUUUUUCUAUUUCAGAAUACACUGUCUCGUUCUAAAAUAAACGAAAUGUCUGGUAGUCAGAAAUUUUCACAGAAUUUCCACCGAAAGGUUCUUUCAAACUUGUUAAGAUUAUCAGAUGUUUGUUUAAAAAUGUCAGAUUAAUUUGGCUUUUAAGUGGACAAAUUAUCCGUGUUGUGCAGCCUAUCAUGUCGCCCGGUUGUCGACACUUUGUACGCUUCUGAUAAGACUGUCGGGCACGGUCUCGAAUAGACCAAAUGCCCGGCAGUCAGAAUUUUUCAAAGUGCCUCUAAAUGGUUCCAUUCUCUAUUGAUCAAAAUGUUAGAUAAAAAUAGUACAGAAUACUUGGCGAUGAGAUUUUAAAAUACUCAAAAGUACAUUUUGGCUAAAACUAUUAUUCGCUUUAGUUUAAGAGCAAGUUGUUAAACCGUUAUUUCCGUAGAGUUUAUUUUUUUUUUUAGUAAAAAAUUCGACGGUCUCGAAUAGACCAAAUUCCCAGCAGUGAGAAUUUUUCAAAGUGCCUCUAAAUGGUUCCAUUCUCCAUUCUCCAUUGAUCAAAAUGUUAGAUAAAAAUAAUAAAGAUUACUUGGCGAUAAGAUUUUAAAAUACUCUAAAGUUCAUUUUGGCUAAAACUAUCAUUUUUUUUAGUUUAAGAGGAAGUUGUUGAACCGUCGUAGUAAAAAUUCGAUUUGUUUUACAUUUAUGGAGCGCUGUCUUUUCCCAAAAGUUUUAAAUUGCAAGAAAACAAUAUCCAAACAAUUUCGGUUACGUUGUUUUACAUUGUGCGUUCAUGGAAACAUAAAGCGCGUGGAAAGUUUUGAGAUCACUCAAGAAGCUAGACUUGCUCUCGGCGACGCCUCGAGCAACUUCUCUGUCGCUGUCUAAAUUUCCCAUAUAUCGGCCAUGAGCGCACGCUAACGUAAGAACCAACUGUUAAUUCAAAAUGACAGUAUGGCCAACUAGUGGAUACCCUGUAUAGAACAUGGAAAUAUCAAAUGUUGGAAGAAAUAUCAUGAAAAGGAAUUGAUUGAAUCAACGGUUUUUGAUAUCUCUGCUUCAAUAGGCUUGUGGAGUGAUGGUCUUGAAUCUGUUCAUGGGUGCACAGCUGUCUUGAGGUUGCGACGUUUGAGAGUCAUGUAGCCGAACUAAAACCGUGUGUACCUGAUCUAGAAAUGUAUAUAAGCAAGCAGCUGCAGACCCAUGCGGUCACAGCUGCUUGGGUUAAUCAACCAAAAUCUUUGUUUCACUGCACAGAGUGGGUUGACUAAUCUCAUGUUAUGACUAUAUUUGGUCAUGGAUGAUGACAUCAAGUUCUUUGGCCUGACAAUUUUGGGGUGGGUAGUACUGUUGGCACGCAUAUUUAUUGCAGUAUUUGUUUGUUAUUAUAACGCGAUAUAAGUUAAGUGCAAGAAGGAACACCACUGCCGCCACGGUGCACACCAUCAAAGUAGGAAUUUGUCAGUUAAGAGUGUGGCGUUCUCUGAAGUGAAGAGACCCUGAAUAACCUUCAUAACGUUAAUUUAUGCGAUGUUCAGGUGGCUUUCAUAUUAACGGGUCACGUGACAGACUGUGUCAGGCGUACAUGAAUUAGCCAGAUCAAGGAAUCUAGAAAGAACUGUAAAUAACAGAGCUGCCACUUGUUACGCCCUUAUGUCAAGAAUCGUUUAUAAUAAUAUAAUUCCAAGUUUAUCCAGAGAAUCUUUUAAAACAUUUGCAGAGAAAGCUUGCAAAAUUGGAUGCAAAUCCUAGUUCUGAUAACUCGAACACUUUUUCGUGGGAUUCCGUCAUUCAUGUACACCGUAGGGUAUAUCCCCAGAUGCCUUUAGAAGAUAACAGCAUAAAUCUGACACAUGUUGAAAGGCCAAAUUUUGUUUUUCUAACACACAUUUCAGUUGUCUUUGUAAGUGACUUCUUCUUUCUUUAUUACAUCUAG